UAUGUCAAUCCAGACGCGACCCAGACAGACCUCGGCCCUGAGGCCCAGCCGUGAGAGCCGCGUUCUGAUUGGCUGGGCGCAUCCUUCCUUUUGAGACUCGCCCUCCUAUUGGCUGGAGCUGUGAGGACUCCACUCGCACAAUGUCUACCCGCUUUUGUUAUUGUAGCGAGCGGCCAGGAUGCGGAGACAGCGAGCCUGAUAGACCGCUAUCGACUCUGAUACACUCAAAUUAGAUGUUGGGAGGGGGAAGGGUACACGAUUUACUACCUCUCCGUCCUCGUCCAGAAGACAGCUUUUCGCUAUCCUCCAACAAUACGACCGAUGUAGCAGCAGGAUGUCCGUGAACCCUCCCAACAGUAAUGACGCCUGCCUCAGCAUCGUGCACAGCCUCAUGUGUCACAGGCAGGGCGGCGAAAACGAGGGCUUCGCCAAGCGUGCUAUCGAGAGCCUGGUCAAGAAACUGAAGGAGAAGAAGGACGAGCUGGACUCCCUCAUCACGGCCAUCACCACCAACGGAGUCCAUCCCAGCAAGUGCGUGACCAUCCAGAGGACGCUGGACGGACGCCUGCAGGUUGCCGGUCGUAAAGGUUUUCCUCAUGUAAUCUACGCGCGGUUGUGGCGCUGGCCUGACCUUCACAAGAACGAGCUGAAGCAUGUGAAAUUCUGCCAGUACGCAUUUGACCUCAAGUACGAUAAUGUCUGUGUGAACCCUUACCAUUAUGAGAGAGUGGUGUCACCCGGCAUCGUUGGUCUCAGUCUUCAAAACACGGGUCCCAUUGGCAGACUAAUAAAGGAAGAGUACAGCCACGACUGCAUCCAGAUGGACGUCCCCCCAGGCCUGCCUCCUCAGCAGGACCACCAGGGGGCGAUGAAUCUCCCUCCUCCGGACCACUACGGCCAGUCCCUUGCUCCUCUACAGCUGCCUUCAGAGCCCAGCCGCGCGCCCCCAGCGGUCACCCUUUACUCCAACAUGCCCCUCUCCCCCGCCGGUAAGAGCUGGACCACAGCUGUUGUAAUCAGCACAGUGUCAUCUUCCAAACUCUCAUGUCUUUCAUCUUCAGGCUCUAUGAUGCAGAUGCAGGGAGGUCACGGUGUAGGCUUACUUCAGAUUGCGUCUCCUCAGGGUCAAGUCAUGACCCCUACACCUCCCCCCUCCACCCCCACACAUGGACCCCCACAGACCCCCGUCCCACCCCAGCCUCCACCCAACCAGAACGGCUACAACGGCUCCAAACACUCCCAGACGCAAGGCUCCUUUCACACAACCUGGACAGGCAGCAGCACAGCCUCCUACACUCCUGUAGGACCCCAGCAAAACGGACGCGGCCACCAGCCUCCUCUCCAUCACCCACACUUCUGGUCUCAACAUCACAGUUCAGCGUCUUUCCCUCCUCCAGUCUCCAACCAUCCAGGUCCUGAGUUUUGGUGCUCCGUCUCAUACUUCGAGAUGGAUGUGCAGGUGGGGGAGAUGUUUAAAGUGCUGUCCAGCUGUCCGGUGGUGACGAUUGAUGGGUAUGUGGACCCCUCAGGAGGCGACCGCUUCUGCCUGGGUCAGCUCAGUAAUGUGCACCGCACAGACGCCAGCGAGCGCGCCAGGUUGCACAUUGGUAAAGGAGUGCAGCUGGAGUGUCGUGGCGAGGGCGAUGUGUGGAUGCGCUGCAUGAGUGAUCAUGCCGUGUUUGUGCAGAGUUAUUACCUGGACAGAGAAGCGGGUCGAGCGCCAGGAGACGCAGUGCACAAGAUCUACCCAGGGGCCUACAUAAAGGUGUUUGACCUCAGGCAGUGCCACAGGCAGAUGCAGCAGCAGGCGGCCACGGCGCAGGCAGCAGCAGCAGCACAGGCCGCAGCGGUGGCUGGGAAUAUCCCAGGACCAGGAAGUGUUGGUGGAAUCGCUCCUGCAGUCAGCCUCUCGGCAGCAGCAGGGAUCGGUGUGGAUGAUCUCCGGAGGCUGUGCAUCCUGCGCCUGAGCUUCGUGAAGGGCUGGGGUCCUGACUACCCCCGGCAGAGCAUCAAGCACACCCCCUGCUGGGUGGAGGUGCACUUGCACCGGGCGCUGCAGCUGCUGGACGAGGUGCUGCACACUAUGCCACUGGCAGACCCUGGACCUGCUAACUGAGAGCCAACAAUACACAGCCUACACUCACCAAACAGACACUGGACUCACUACAGUAAGCGUGCGAAGAGCUGACAUGCCACAGUGUGCUUUGCACUUUUAUCAGUAAUUAGAAUACCCAUGAAAACACCACAGAAGUUCACUAUUCUAAAAUUCAUGUUUUGGAAAGAUAUUUCAGUGCAUUUUCUUGUUCUAUCGUGAAAUGUUGCAUUUCUUUUCGGGUUCAUCUCACAAAAACAUGUCUAGGUCAUAUUUUGCUCUGAUAUAAAAAAUUAUAUUUGCUUAAAGACAAUGGAGACUGAUGUUUUUUUUGCAUUAUGACUAGGGUUGCAAAGGGGCAGAACAUUUCUUAAAAUUUUCUUAAAAUUCACAAAUUUUCCCCAAAAUUCUUGAAAGUUUCUGGAAAUUUACCAGACAUUCACUGCCUCUUUGCAGCCCUAAUUAUGACAUUAUUUUAAAUUAUUUAAGCACAUUUUGCUGCUAAAAUAACUGAAAUGUUUCCAGAUGUUUUGAGGUUGUUUGUUUAUGCAGUGGUGAUUCUUAUCAGAUUACUGUAUAUUUUUUAUUUAAAAUAAUGAUUUGUUUGAUUUAAAUUCAGCAUAAAUUAAGGAAGGUCCAAAAAAAAAAAAAUUACAAUUACAGUUAUACAAAUACAAUAAUUAAUAUUUGUACAUUAAUCUGUGUAGUUCUUUGAACAGUCAGGUAGUAUUCUCAUUAAAUAUUUAAAAUAACAUUUAUGUUAUAUUUAUAUAAGAAUAAUAAAGAAUACAAAAUAAAAGAAUAAUAAUGUUAGAUCUAUUAUAUCAUGAUAAUUUUUAUAAUGUUAUUUCAAUGGAAAAUGGGGGAAAUAAGAUUUAUUAUGAAAAUAAUUCUGUAAAAAAAGUUUUUUUUUCUCUCUUUAUACAGAAUAUCAUUUUCAAUUUCUUUCUCUUUUUUUUAAGGUGAAAUAUGACUUUGACAUGUUCUUGAUGGGAUUUGUGACACUCUGUUUAAAUUAGAUGUAUAUAGCUUAGCGCUACAGGUCUACUAACGAAUGCAAGUUUACACUGGGUUGAUUGCAGAUUAAGUUCAGGGAAAUAGCUUUAUUGUUCAUAUGCCUUUCUAGCUUUGCACAUCAUGCAGGUAUACUAAGAAUCUUAGAGUCUAUUAGUUUUGCAAUACUGGUAGAAAAAGCUUAAAAUCUGUCCUUGCAAGAAUUACAUUUAUGGGUCAGUGUCUGAACAUAAAACAAAACGCUUUUGCAGUGGCCUUGGUUUCAGAAGUAUUUUUCCAUUCAUUCACUCCAUGAGAGUUCAGAGCUACAGGAUGAACAUUUCAAAACAUAUGCAUUUUGAAUUUAAAUGACUUUUGCAUGCUAUAUAUUUGAAGUUUAUUGCAGAAUAUUUGGUCAAAUACUGGGUAGAGAGACUGACUCGAAUCUCUGUGGAGUAAAUGAAUGGUAUUUUUGCUUUUGGAGCCAUACGGUUGUGCUCUGUUACGCUCUGGCGACACAAGUGAGGAAGAGACUUUUCGACCUCCAAUCAAGUUUUUUGCAAAAACUCUUGAUCUCGAGUUUCACGGGUUUGGUAGCACCAACUGCCUCAGAGCAAAUCACUAUUCUGGCGCUGGUCACUUCAGGAAGCGUUGGAUUGGUCCAGCUGAUGUAGAUGCAAACCUGCCUCUGAGAGAAAUACUGAACCAGACAGAUAACAGGACACACUGUCAAAACAAAACGCUCAUCGUCUCUCUGCUUGUGCUGUGUUCCUCGACAUGUGGACCUCAACUCAGCUUUGAUGCAGCUUACUAUCCAGGCAUCUUCUUAGUUAAACUUGCAAUAGCCUUCCAGCUCCUCUAUUUUCAUACCCCCCAAAAAAGAAGAAAAAAAAAUAGUUCAGCUUUAAAACGGUGGUAUUCGUAUUGUGACGCAGUUCAGUGUUUGUAACCAAAUCAGUUGCCAUGUCACCAAAGCCAGAUUACCUCAUGAUAAUCAAGCAUGAACCCAGUGGAUUUUACUUUAUGCCAAAUUGUGUCUGGAAUCUUCUACUUUCUGGACGUCAUGUUCACCUCAUACUUUAACCAAAUUAAAACAGGGCGUGUCUUGAAACGAAUGUAGAGCCUUGAUGCACCGACUGACCGAUUUCAAACAACGGGUUUUUGCAAACACCAGUAACUCAGCUUCAGCUUUUAUCUCAUCCAGAAACUCUUGUCUGGAUUGUGACCAAAAUUCAGCCCCAUACCACUUUAACAUUUUGCAAACGAUAGAACAUCUAAACUUCAAACUUUGAGCAAAGAACAUUAUGGUUUUGCAGCCUUCCCAAAUUGAAAUGUCUAUAUUAUACUGCACACUUACAGUAAAUUUUGCAUUUAUUGAAAGACCCUUCAUUUUGGCUUAUUUAAGAUGUAUGUCCAGUACAAAUGCAAAUAUUUAGUAACUGAAAAUGUAAUGGUGAAAGUGGAACCACAUUAUAGAACGUUAAAGUCAACAUGAAAUCAAGAUUCAUCCUGUUCACUUUCUAAACACGUGUUCCUGAUCUUAUCUUAUUGACGCAACAAUAAUAAAUUACAUUUUCAAAUAUGUUUAAAUAGAAAACUCUUAAUAAUAGAUUGUCAAAAUAUUUCAUUAUUAUUUUUGUUUUACAGAGCCCCAGGAGACAUGGGAAUGGAAGAAAAUAUGAGAUGGGAGGAAAAAUUAUAUUUAGUAAAAUUCAAAAAAUUAUAGUUAAAUUUUAUAUUCUAGUAUUGCAUUUCACCAAGAAACCUUCUCUCACAAAUGUGUGUAAUUUGCGAUCUCUUGCAAACAUUUGUGAUCUCUUAUAUUUGUGCUUUCAUAAUAAAAAAAGGUGUAAAUCAUUUGCGAUAUUGUGCAAUAUUUGCCAUCUCUCACAAAAUAUUUUAGAACGUGUAAAAUAUUUGCGAUCAAACAAUAUUUGUCAUCUCGGAAAAUAUUUGCAAUGUCUUGUAAAAGAAAUUUGUCAUUUCUUGCAAAAACAUUUCAGUCUCUUAACUUUUGCGAGGUCACACAAAAUUUGCCAUCUCUUGGAAAAUAUUUGCGCUUUCAUAACAAAAGCUAUUUCUCUAAUAAAACAAUUGCAGUUUCUGUUAAAAAAUGUGUUUUCUUGUAAAUCAUUUGCGAUAUUGCACAAUAUUUGUCAUCCUUUGCAAAAUAUUUAAGAACUUGUAAAAUAUUUGCGAUCUCUUGCAUUACAUUUGUCAUCUCGGAAAAUAUUUGCAAUCUCUUGUAAAAAUAAAAUUGUAAUAUCUUUAAAUCAAUCUUGUAAAACAUUUGCGAAGUAAAAAAAACUAUUGUGAUCUCUCGUAAAACAAUUGCAAUGUUGCACAAUAUUUUGCAAUC